AUGGCCGCAGAACAGGUCUUGACGAGCCCUGAACUCUUGUCCAAAAUCAUUGGGCGUCUUCCCUAUGGCUCAUCACUUUGCUCUGCAGCUCGAGUCAACUCGACAUGGUUCGAUCUUGCCACGAACGUGGUUUGGGGCUCAGCACACCAGAUCUCUGUAAUCCCAAGCCCGAAACGAUUGGCGGACGUGAAGCGCGCUCGUCGUCAAUUAUAUGCUUCAAAACUGCGGUAUCUGGAUUUCUCUGACAACAUGGACUGUACGAUCCACUCCCUGUUCCACGGUCUCAGAUUUCCAAGAAUGACGGAUCUUGUUUUGACUGAAGAUGGCCAAUCGGAAGGCACGUACUGCCCAGUUGCGCAAUACCUACAACCCAACCUGAAACGACUCGAAUUCCAAGAUUGGUCAGACGAGCUCACUACGACACUGCUUGACGACGUUGCUGAGAAAUGCCCACAUCUUCAACGUGUUGAUCUCAGAUCAUCUGGCCACAGCAUUCGGCCUACAGAUCUGGUCGAGUUCUUCUUUAAACUCCCUGCACUACGCAUCAAAGGAGAUGAUGCAUUUCAACAUGUCAUCGAGCACAACCCAAAUCCGUUCGCGGGACUGAAGUUCGCGCAUCUUCGCAUGAGGUCUCCAGCAAUUCCAUUUAUGGUGCAAGCUUUUCAUACCAUCGUCACACUGACCUUGACGCUUGAGGACUCUGGAGCGCACGCCCUCAACCAUGUCAGCAAGAUGAAAUCCCUCAACGCCUUGAACAUUCAAUAUCGACAGGAUAACACAAUCGACCUUGACUCAUUGAUGUCUCUUCGCUCACUCUCUCAAUUACAGCACUUCGGAAUUGGCCCAGAAGACAAAGAUGGGAUGGCUGCGCUAGAUGAAGAUAUGACCGAGGGUGACUUUGAUCUGUUUAUCACCGGCUUUCCUUCACUGAUAGGCUUCAACUUCACUCUGAAUCACCCUCUCAUGGUUCAGUCACUAAGCUGUCUUGAAAAGCGCUGCCCAAAAUUGAGAUGGAUCACAUUAGGCAAGUGCUGGGAUCUGUCGUCGCUUGUCAGUAUUCCAGCUCCAUUGUUCCCAAAUAUCCACGGCAUACACAUCUUCCUCGAUGAGGCAGAUAUCGAUAGAUGGGCUACUCCGGCACAACUCGCCGGCAUCAUUGACAAUCAUGCUCCGAAGUUAACAUAUUUUAACGUCAUCACGGACGGUAACUAUUCUCUCGGUCUGAGGGAAGCUUGGAGGGCUUUAAGAGGCAAGUACCCUUAGAUGCCGGAUGAACCAUGAUUAUGGACUGCAGUAGACGAGGCUAUAAAUGUCCGAAGUUUAGUCGCCUGUAUGCCGAAGUUUUUCAUAACUGCUAGGUGCUUAGAUGAGCUAGAGGACUUAAUUACUACUCUAUGACCAUUGUUUCGAGGACAAGAGCUUCAUAUGUUGGCUAAGCUUUACAAUC